GCAUUGACCGCCGACGGGUUAUCUGAUUUUUUCUUAAGUGCAGAUCGAAAAUUUUACGCAAUUAUUAUACGAGUGUAAUGAUAAUCUACCGAUUGAAAAUAGUGUUUCCGUGUUAACGAAAAAAAUAGUCAAUUUGUAUUAUUAAAACUGUUAAUUCAGUAUUAAAAAUGUCGAAGAGAAGAGGUUUUGGUGAUGAUGAAGACAACCCACCGACUCCGUCUGACGAUUCAGACUUUGAUGAUGAUGAAGACCCAGACAAUUUGGAAGUGCCAGGAGGUGGAAAAACAUUGGCUGCUGCUGCUCAAAUGGGUGUUAAAGCAAAAGUCACAGCUGGUCCGCAACCAAUUAUUAUUAGACCUACUACAAAUCCACUAGCAGCUGCAUCAGGGCUGGCAUUUGGACAGGCAUCUAAUAUGAAACCUAUUAAAAUUCAAGCAGGUCUAAAUAAACCCAGACCUAUGGUAACAUUAGGACGUGGAGUAGAUAUGCGUCUGAUCAAAUUUGGCUAUGUCUAA